CAAAGCUAAACUAUGAGAAAAGGUCCCCAAAGCACUCAUAGCUGCGCGUGGUUGCGGUGGUUGCGGUGCUCAUCUCCGAUCCGUUGGCCAUUUGAGCCUAUGGUAGGUAAGAACCAGCUGACACGGGCCAAUGUACAUGUUGCAAUCCGGGAUUGCCACAGUUUACCUUCCCCAGAUACUCAUUUAUCGAUCAAUCCGAAAGGGAGGAUGAACAGCUGGGUUAGCUGCACGCCGACUGCCCGUAACGGCCCGCCAAGUGGUAAAUAAGCACCCUGACCACAAUGCCGGAGGCGCAGUAACCGUGGAAAAAGCUAGUGAAUAAUUUUGAAGAUUUGGGGUUCAUAUCAUUUACACUGGAAGUUUAAAAAUUCUUGAGAGAAGAAAACAAUAACAAUUUUGGCGGGCCGCUGUAGCCACCCUUUCAGUAACAAACACACGAUAAAAUACAUUUUCACUAUCCAUAACUUCCAUAAGGUUAAUUUCGUGUUGACUUGUCUCUUAAUAACGUCUUGCAGACGACGAGGAUAAGGAUUUAGGCUAUGCUGUCUCUCUUCUGGAAGGGUUUCCCACACUCGUUGCAAUGUUGCAAAGUUGCAACGUUCUUCAGUACGUUGAGCCACACCCUGUAUUCAAUUAUUAUAGAAUAUAUUUUUUUAUGUGAUUAUAUUUGGUAUGCCUGUGUGAAUGAGCUAUGUAGGAAAUAAUGACGGAAAGUGUGCAUUACUUUAUAGAUAGCCUACUAUCAUCGCCUUCAGUGCUCGUUUUGCAGGGCCCGUUCUCCCUUGAAAACUUGCAGUAUUAUGAUUGUACUUUGUUUCUUAGGUGAUGUCAUUGAUUCUUUAAGUAGAGUGUCGUUAUUCAAUUAAGUUUCGAAUAUUUUUUAAUCAUGAAAGAAGCUAGAUUAUCUCAAUCAUAUAUAUUUGGUACGUGUCUUUGAUACAAUCUAUGAUGUCAUCAACAGCCAAUCAGGUGAAAGGGGGGCGGAGCUUAACCAGAAUGGGGGAGGGGCUUCUCGAUGCAAAUUGGCCAAGCUAAUUUGGACCGACUAUAGUAUCGGAAUUGUGGAUUUAUAUCGGGUAUCGGUUAUCGGUUAUCGCCUAUAUUUGUGUCUCCAGUUAACGAAUAUCGGUUAUCACCGAUAAGGUUUUCCAUUAUCGGGUAUCGGGAAUAAAGUUUUCUGUUAUCGUGCCCAGCUCUGCCUGUCGGCCUCCUUUCCCUUUCCAGAUAGGGACAACAACCUCCUUUUCCAGUUAAGAGGAAUGGCACCGAACUGCCACACGGCAGACUGAACCGCAUACAACCCACUAAUCAUGGCAAUGUUAAAUAUUAAAUUAUGAAAAGACAAAUACUACCACAAAUGUUUAAAACUAGUGUUUUCUCAGUAUUUCGGCAGUCACAGAAUGACGGAAUGUGUCUGGCUGAUGGUUCUUCUCGUCGUGAUUUCGCUUCCUGCAAUGCUGGCGUUCAGGCCACGACACUCAAAUGAUGGUGGCGAGGGUGGCGGAGGUGCGGUGGCGGCGGUGGUUGGGGCCGCGGCUCCUGGCUGUGCGGUGAUCCUCAUCAGUAGUGGCGGGAGGCUACACAGCAGCUAUGUAAAGGUGCUGUUCGGACUUAAGCACACAGUGGCCACAUUCGAGGUUUCAAAUGACGAAUGGAAUGUUAACGUGACAAGGAGAGGCCUUGCCGAGACCCUACAGACGGCCCGCUUUGUAAGACGACGGUCCCAGUGCGUGGUCGUGGUGGUGGUCAGUGAAGACUACGAGUUUCUUGUCGCCUUCGCUCAGUGGUCACUCAAGGCUCGCCUGCUGUCAGGCACCACUAAGCUGCUCGUGCUGACUCGGCUACCUUUCUACCGGGUGGAGAACCUACUCUGCUCGUACUGGACCCUUUCCAUGAUGAACGCUAUGCUUCUCAAUCAAGAAGGGGAAGAUGCAAGAUUCCUGGUGUAUGUGCAUCUGCCAUUCAGCCAAGCGGGUUCGCAGGUGAAGAGGAUCGCCUCGUGGGGAUCUCGUCCAGGCCUGGUGCUCCGCUUGGCCUUCCCGCUCUUCCCAGAUAAGUUCUCGAACUUCCAUGGUACCACGGUAAACGUGACGGCUCUGCCUUAUACUCCACACUGGGUAGAGGAGACGAACCAGUCCGAAGACGGCACCAGCAAGACAGUAUAUUCCGGGACAGACUAUUACCUCCUUGCCAGUAUUGCCUAUGCUCUCAACUUCACGAUACACGUAAUCCCGACACCCAGUUGGAACGAGGUCGCCCUGAAGGUGGAGGAACGCAAGUCCUUCAUGGCCACAGUGUUCCACAAUGUGUUGCCACAGAGGCUGGAGCGCUACGACUACUCCUACACCUACGAGUACGGUUCCCUGGACUUCAGUGUGGCCAAGCCCUCCCUGAAGCCGCGCUGGCAGAGUUUGUAUUACCCAUUGUCCAACAGUGUCUGGCUGGCCGUGAUCGCCAUCAUGCUCAUUGUGCCGCUGUCUCUAUACUUGCUGUGUCUCCCGGAACUUACGCCUAACAGCAAUAGGCUUGGAUUUGGGAUAGUCGUGCAGAUGGUCAUCGCUACAUUCCUGUCCCAAAACCUGACGAAGAAGCUUCCACAGUUCAACUGGAGCCGCUGUUUGAUGGCGGCGUGGCUUGUGUUCGCCCUGGUGGUGGGCACAGUGUACAGAGGCAACCUGACGGCAGCCCUCACCUUGCCUAAGUACCCUCCCAGGACGGAGACGGUACAGCAGCUGGUUAACACCUUCACCAGUAUCACAAUGCCACCCUUCGGAAAUGAGUUCAUCAAGUUUUUCAAGCAGUCAAAUUCGACGUUGUACAAGAGUUUGGCGGAUAAAAUGUCUAUAGUUCCCGAUGUCAUUACCGGCUUGCAGAGAGCACAGGACUACAGAGAGGCCCACGUGGCAGGCAGGAGGUACAUGGAACAAAUGAUCGCCAGGCACUUCACGAGUCCGCUUGGCAGCACGCCUCUGUACGUGGGUCGCGAGAGUCUACUACCCGGCAUCUCCGCGUGGCCCAUUCCCCACGACGCCCCGUACAAGCACCGCCUGGACACACUCAUGAUGGCCGUGGUGGAGGCUGGAAUGUAUGAAAAGUGGAGCGAGGACAUGCUGGGCGACACACGAAGAAAGGCUCGUGCGAGGCAGCGAAGUGGACGGACAGACGAGGAGGAACAGAACGACGGAGGGGAGGGCGGGGGCAGCGUGCGCGCCCUAACAAUGGUGCACCUGCAGGGCCCCAUCUUGUUGCUGCUGCUGUGUCUUGCCGCAGCCACGCUAGCCUUCGCUGCUGAAUACGUGCUAAAUACUAGAAAAAAUAAAACUUCAUCAAACUAGCUUCGCACUCGCUUAUAUAUCUUUAAUUACCCAGAAGGCUAGUCAUGAGAAAAUGCAGAAUUGUUUUAUAUUGUGAUAAUAUUGUUUUAGACAGUAUUUUCCCUUUAUUGAGUUUAUCUGGCCCCUGAAGAAAGCCUUCCGGCGCUAUAGGCAGGGAUGUAAAGAAAAAAAAAAUCACUUAGACUUUCAAAAACAACAUUGCUCAUCAUCUGCUUGCACUGUACGUGAAAAUGAAGUAAUCAAAUAGGAGUAAAAAAUUAUCAAACAUUAGAAAAUACUAUAUAAGCAUUCAAAACACAUCUCAGGCAUUCUGUUACUUUCAUAACGUACAUUUUGACACUAAAAUCAAGUCUAUGUCAACUAUAGGAGGAAAGUAUAAUACAUAAUGUAUUUUGUUGGUAAGGCCGACUGUCAUUUUGAAUUCCUUAAAUAUGACAAUUUUCCCAAAGGUGGUUCCGUUACACCCGGCAGAAAUUCAGUAAGUGGCACCUAAAGAACAAAUAAAAGCUAUGAAACGUCUGUUAGCUUCCAGAGCAAAGUGUGCUUUUCAUGUAUAUUAAGUGAGUAUCCUGCAUUUGCCUCUAGACUGUAGCUGAUGGGUGCAGUCCAUUGUGUAUGCCCCUUGAUCUCAUCCAUGCUACUGUUUAUUUUUAACCCGGUAGCAGCGACGGGCAAAAUUUGUGCCAUGAUUUAAACCCCCCAAAAUAGAUGAUGCAUAAACUGAUCACA